GCCACACUACACUUUUAAUUCGAUGCUUUUUCUCUGCUCAAAAUAACUUUAAUUUGCAAUUACGGCUACACACUGGACCGUGCCACUUACAUACAUUGAAGUGCAUAAUAAAUAAAUAAAUACAAAAUAAUACCAAACGCGGUAUCUAAAUUGUGAUAUUGUUGCGAGUGUAGAGAAGCGUAUAAAGUGCUCGCCAAGUUGUCGCCAACCCCCUUUGCAGACCGACCGCAAGGAAAGCAAAAGUAAUCAAACGAUUUUUCUGCUGAAAUUAAAGUGUAUAUUACUUACUCAUCGAUAAGAUUCAAACGGUUGACGAUAAAAUAAAAAUGACCGAACGCGAGCGCAGCAUACAUGAAAUGCUCAAAGACACGCCAUCCAUGAAUGACAGUUGCGGUGCCGUUCACACCGGCACCGAGGGCGUAAGCCUCGGUGGGGGCAUCGGAGGGUUGAGCGGCAGCAGCAGCAGUCACAGUAUUGGCGCUGCUAUUCCAUUGAAUACGUCCAGCAAUUUGCCAUUGCGAAAUCAUUCAGCGCCUACGACGCCCAUGACAGCGACCACAUCACAAACUGGCAACGGCUAUCUAACAUCCACAGACGGCAGCAGCAGCCUUAUACGGACAAGCGCUUCCAAAAUCGAUAGCAUCAAGAACUGGAGCAUAUCCACGUACAAGUGUACACGGCAAAUAAUGCUCGAGAAAUUGGGUAAAUCACAGCGAACCGUCGACUCGGAGCUGGAGGCGCAAAUUGAACAAUUGCGAGAGACUCAACGGAAAUAUUUGUCCAUUUUACGCUUGACACGCGCGUUUAGUUCGCAUUUUCAACAUGUUGUGGUCACCCAACAAUCGCUAGCCGAUGCCUUUGCCGAUCUGGCACAAAAGAAUCCAGAAUUACAAAAGGAGUUCAUUUGCAAUUCGGAGACACAACGAAAUCUGACCAAAAAUGGUGAACUACUCUUGAAUGCAUUGAACUUUUUCAUCUCGUCGGUGAAUACGCUGUGCAACAAGACCAUUGAUGACACCCUGCUGACGAUACGACAAUACGAAACGGCCAGAAUCGAAUUCGAUGCCUAUCGCAUGGACUUGGAGAAUACGAAACCAGAGUUAACUCAAGCGGCGUCGACGCUGGAAGAAACGCAACGCAGCUAUGCACAUCAUAAGGAUCUCUACGAGAAGUUGCGAGGCGAUGUUGCCAUUAAAAUGCAAUUUCUCGACGAGAAUCGCAUCAAAGUGAUGCACAAGCAGCUCAUCUUGUUGCACAAUGCGAUUGCCGCUUAUUUCUCGGGCAAUGCCAUGGCACUGGAGAGCACUUUGAAACAGUUCAACAUCAAGCUUAAAUCACCGAAUAACGUGAGCGGAUCCUGGCUGGAACAGUAGUAGAAGAACAUGCACAUGACCCACAAAACACCAAGUAUUAUCCCCUGUAGCACAUAAACCCCAAUUUUUUCACCUACAUGCCGGCAUUUAUGCAUAAUAUUCCAAAACAAAACAAGCUGAAUGAGCACGCUCUCUAAAACAAAGAUAAAAAAAUGCAUGACUCGUAACAAUAUUAAAAAAA